AUGAAGCCAAUAUACCUCACCUAUCUGAACGGCCCAGAUAUAGUCGCAUUGGAGAUGACCAAUGAUGAGAUUCUCCAAGCUGUGGAAGAUGCUCUCGACGCACAAGGCCGGGGCAAGACUGUAAUCGAGCCUCGAGUGCACCUUGUGCCACGCGACUCGGCUGAAGGGCAUUUCAAUGUGCUGCGAGGCGUGGUCAACCCGUUGAACGCGGCCGGCGUCAAGAUUGUGGGAGAUUUCGUCAACAACUACAAGUUGGGGUUUCCCUCUGAAUUCGCCAUCCUCAAUCUCUUCGACCCUCGGACCGGCGUGCCCCUGGCCAUCAUCGACGCCACCACCAUCACGGACAUGCGCACGGGGGCCAUGACGGCCAUUGGAGCCAAGUACCUUGCUCGCAAGUCCAGCAAGAUCUUGGGUCAUAUUGGAGCUCGAGGGAGCUCCUACUGGAACAUCCGAUUGAUGGACAGCAUCUUCCACUUUGACGAGAUCCGACUGCACUCGAAACGACAGGAAAGCCGCCAGGCCCUCGGAGAUCGGCUCUCCAAAGAGCUGGGCAAGAAAGUCACGGUGCUCGAUAACUGGGAGGACACGAUCCGCGGGGCGGACAUUGUAGUCGAGGCGUCUCGUCUGUCUGAGCCCGAGCCCUUGCUGAAGACGGAGUGGAUCAAGAAGGGCGCCUUGGUGAUGCCGUACGGGACCAUGAGUUCCGUGGAACUUUCCCUGACGGAUGUAAUGUCCAAGGUCUUGGUUGAUGACUGGGGCCAUGAGAGAAUCACAGAAGAAAGCCUCUAUGGUGAGAUGGGCCAGGUGGUGUGUGGCCAAAAGCCUGGCCGCGAGAACGACGAUGAGACGAUACUUUUCUGGCAUCGAGGCCUCAGUCUGAGCGAUAUUGCGCUGGGGAUGGCCAUGUUGGAUAAAGCAAAGAAGUCGAACAUAGGGCAAUCUCUGCGGUUUGAAUAA